AUGUCCGUAAUUGCCCAAGGGAGCUGCAAUUUGUCUUCAUACUCUCCUCUCGAAGGUUUGACGAAAUCGAAAUGCCUCGGUUGCGGUAAGCGCCGCAUGUAUUUUUGCUAUGAUUGCCGUAUUCUUCUUCCUGGUGUUUUCUCCCCUCACGUCAAGUUGCCUUGCGAUGUGGAUAUAAUAAAGCAUCCAAUGGAAAAGAAUGGAAAAAGUAGUGCUAUCCAUUGCAAAAUUGUAGCUCCUGAUUGGCGAGGUGCAUUUUUGACGCUAUUUUCGAUAUACCGGAUGUCUAUGAUUAUGGUGCUUGUAUUCCCAUCUCCUUCAGCAGUCUCCGUCAAGGAAUUUGUCCAAACAGUAGGCCCUAUAAAACGAUUUGUUGUACUGGAUUGCACUUGGUUCCAGGUGAACAUGAUGCAGAAGAUCCCACAAAUUCAGAGUCUUCCAUGUGUCUCACUAACCAAUUAUCGGACCGCUUUCUGGAGACCCCAACAUAAUAUCGAUGACCAUGGAUUGGCAACAAUCGAAGCAAUUUAUUAUGCUGAGCGAGAAUAUCAAGAGCAACUAACAGGGCGACCAUAUGCAGGAGAGUUCGACGACUUACUAUAUUGGUUUUUCCAUACUCGACAGUUUGUGGACAGAAGACAGGAGGAGUACCGUAAGCGAAAAGCUGAAGAAGCGGGAACUGCGUAG